AGGUUGGAGUCUGGGACUAUAUAUUAAUUUAUGCACAGACGUAAUAAGUUUGAAAUAAUGUUUCGCGUUUAGUAAAAUUCUAGAGAGAUAGAGGCCAACAUGGAAACCCUCACUGUUCGUCUCGGGAAAAUCAUUUAAUGGCUUUGUUUUCCGCGAGGCAAAAGUUAGCUCCGUUCCAAAGCAAGUAGGAGGAGUACAUUUCCUUUUGGCUUCUUUUGCAGUCUCUCUCUCUCUGUUCGAAGGACUCGGCAGCUUGGUGAAAGAAAGAGAAGGGUGCGUGACGUGCGUCAUGAGCUGUGCAAUCUGAGGUCUGCCUUUUGCUUCGAAGACCCUCUUUCUCUGUUUUCUCUUCUUCUCUGAGAAAGCAAUGGCGGAAGAAAUGUGUUUCUUCAACAAGGAUACUCUCGUACUAAAGCCUCCAAAGAGAUCUCCAUUGUUAUCAAGGAUGGUAAUCUUAGUGUUUGCUAUGGUCUUUGGCGUUUAUAUCUACUCAAUCUGUCUAAAGGGGAUAAGCACCCACACCAAGACUAAAUUUCAGAACCUUCAAGUUAUUGAAAUGCCUUGCCAUGAUAAUGGGAUUGAGCUAUCCGAAAUUCAUUACACUCAUUUCCCAAAACCUGAAACUUAUAGCAGGGCUGAGUGUGAGCAUAAUUCUGUACAAUUCUUUGCCAUCUUGUCAAUGCAGAGGUCGGGAAGUGGGUGGUUUGAGACCCUAUUAAAUAGUCAUGUUAAUGUAAGCUCCAAUGGGGAGAUAUUCUCUGUUAAGGAUAGGAGGAAAAAUAUUUCUUCCAUUGUACAGAAUCUGGAUAGAGUAUACAAUCUGGAUUGGUUCAGUAGUGCUUCCAGAAAUCAAUGCACUGCAGCAGUGGGCUUCAAGUGGAUGCUUAAUCAGGGAUUAAUGGAGCACCAUAAAGAAAUUGCAGAAUACUUCAAUCGUAAGGGCGUUUCUGCAAUAUUUCUCUUCCGAAGAAAUUUAUUGUGUCGGAUGGUUUCAGUGCUUGCGAAUUCCUAUGAUCGAUAUGCUAAGCUAUUGAAUGGAACUCACAAGUCACAUGUGCAUACACAUGAAGAGGCCAAUAUCCUUUCAAAGUACAAGCCUUUUAUAAACUCCACCUCGUUGAUUACAGACCUGAAGGAUAUGGAGGUGACAAGAGCCAAAGUUUUGGAGUACUUUAAUAAUACUCGGCACAUCAUUCUUUACUAUGAAGAUCUUAUCAUGAACCACUCUAAACUAGACGAUGUUCAAGAGUUUCUAAAGCUUCCAAAGAUGGAAUUGACAAGCCGGCAAAUCAAAAUACACAAGGGGCCCCUGUCGGAUCACAUUAGGAACUGGGAGGACGUUAACAAGACACUUACUGGAACAGCUUAUGAGAGUUUUCUCCGUUCAGAGUAUUAAACAAAAUCUGCCGAAAACUCUGACCGGUGUAUAUACCAAAUUAACCUAUUCUUAGAAAAGGAAGCUGACAGGAUACCGGCCUCUUGAAAAAUUUUGGCUUAGGCUUUUUGAUGGUUUUUUCUUCCAAUUAGAGUCAACAAUCUGUUAAUGA